AAUAUUGCGAGAAAUCGGUCUAUUACAGACGCAAAACGGAACAACAGGGAAAGCAAAGCAGGGAGAGAUGCUUCUUCAACGACAGGUUGCUCUCUGCUCACUGCCUACCUGCACAAAGCACGCUCCUUUCUUCUCAGGAAUUUCCAUGGCUUCUUCUUCUUCGUCUUCUUCCUCUGUUUCUUUCAAGUCAGAUUACACCAACAAACUCCCUUCAAUCUCUUGUCAAGCUUCCAUUCAAGAUUCUAAUUCUUCAAUAAAGAAUGAGAAUGUGUCUGUAUCUGUUCAUGGUGUGUCUGAAAAGAUUAUGGGCGUAUUGGGAGGCGGGCAGCUAGGUCGCAUGUUAUGCCAAGCUGCAUCAGAACUGGCCAUCAAAGUAGCUAUAUUGGACCCUUCAGAGAACUGCCCAGCUAGUUCUUUGUCACAUUAUCAUAUGGUUGGGAGCUUUGAUGACAGUGCCACAGUUGAGGAAUUUGCAAAAAGAUGUGGAGUUUUGACUGUGGAGAUUGAGCAUGUUGAUGUUGCCACACUUGAUAAGCUUGAAAAACAAGGAGUUGACUGCCAACCCAAAGCCUCUACCAUUAGAAUAAUUCAGGAUAAAUAUCUUCAAAAAUUACACUUUUCUCGACAUGGGAUCCCGUUGCCUGAGUUUAUGGAGAUAGAUAAUUAUGAAAGUGCUAAGAGGUCUGGAGAGCUAUUUGGUUAUCCACUUAUGAUUAAGAGCAAAAGGCUUGCCUAUGAUGGACGCGGUAAUGCUGUUGCUAAGUGUGAAGAUGAUCUUUCUUCUGCAGUCACUGCACUUGGAGGGUAUGAACGAGGUUUGUAUGUUGAGAAAUGGGCUCCAUUCGUAAAGGAAUUGGCUGUCAUUGUUGCUAGAGGAAGAGACAAUUCUGUCUUGUGCUAUCCUGUUGUUGAAACAAUACACAAGGAAAAUAUUUGUCACAUUGUUAAGGCUCCGGCUGUUGUACCAUGGAAAGUAAGAAAAUUAGCCACUGAUGUUGCACAUAAAGCUGUAAGCUCUUUGGAAGGAGCAGGUGUCUUUGCAGUAGAGUUGUUCUUGACAGAUUCUGGAGAGAUCCUUCUUAAUGAAGUAGCUCCAAGACCGCAUAACAGUGGACAUCAUACUAUUGAAUCUUGUUAUACCUCUCAGUAUGAGCAACACUUGAGAGCAGUUGUUGGUCUUCCACUCGGUGAUCCGUCUAUGAAGACGUCAGCUGCAGUCAUGUAUAACAUACUGGGAGAAGAUGAGGGGGAACCAGGUUUCUUUAUAGCUCAUGAUAUCAUGAGAAGAGCUCUAGCUUUGCCAGGGGCGUCUGUUCAUUGGUAUAACAAAUUAGAAAUGAAAAGGCAACGCAAGAUGGGUCACAUCACCAUUGUUGGCUCUUCUAUGGGCAUUGUGGAGGGACAUCUGAAAUCCUUGCUAAAAGAAGACAAGUCAGAUGUCUCUGUCCAAGUUGGAAUUGUUAUGGGAUCCGAUUCAGAUCUUCCUGUCAUGAAGGAAGCUUCCCGGAUCUUAAAUAUGUUUGCAGUGGCACAUGAGGUCAGAAUUGUGUCUGCACACAGAACCCCAGAUUUGAUGUUUUCAUACGCUACGUCUGCUUGUGAACGAGGUAUCCAAGUCAUCAUUGCUGGUGCUGGUGGUGCAGCACAUUUGCCAGGUAUGGUCGCAGCACUUACUCCACUGCCAGUCAUUGGUGUCCCUGUACGUGGUUCCUCGUUGGAUGGAAUGGAUUCCCUGUUAUCAAUUGUUCAGAUGCCUAGAGGAGUUCCUGUUGCAACAGUUGCGAUAAACAAUGCUACAAAUGCUGGACUCCUUGCAGUGAGGAUGUUGGGGGUUGCUGAUACAGAUUUGAAGUCUAGAAUGGCCCAGUAUCUCGAAGAUGCUAGAAACGAUGUGUUGGUAAAGGCUGAAAAGCUACACAAGGAUGGAUGGGAAUCAUAUUUGAACAAUUGAGAAAUGUUAUUUUUCUCAUUGUGAAAAGUUGAAAUUGUUGCACAUCAAUGACUUGACUCUGGGAUAAACCGAAAUUUCUUAUAUGCACUCAGGGUAUGCAGUGCGCCAAGGGGGUUCUUCCGAGUGCAUAUUACAUUCUUCCCUGAGGGAUAUAGAGUGAACGUGAAUGUGCAUUAUUAUUUAGUGUAGACGAGCGGGCUAGGAUGUCAUCGGAAGCUACUCAUAACCCGGCUUAACAACGGCUCUUCUUUACUGACCUCGACUCGAUGUUGGAGGACAUCUUAGAGGCAAGCUCUAAAGCUUGACUUUAUUUCUUGGUCUCAUGCCAAAAGAGAGGGUAAAUUUGCUGCUCGUUACCUUGCUAGAUUAGUGUCAUUCAGUAUAGAACAAAUAUGGAUCAAUCAUUGUCCUAGAGAAGUAUCUAAAGAGCCAUCUUUCAAGUUGUUGUAAGAGGCUUACAUAUUCGAUUAAUAUAACUGUGUUAAUUAUGUGCUGGAUUUUGUCUUAGUUUAA